AUGAAGAACGCCUACUGCGAGGACGGAGGAGUACAACUUGAAGGCUCUCAAAUCGUGGAAAGUUCGUCAUACUUCUACCUCGGACGUUCUAUGAACAUGGAAAGCGACUUGAAGGAAGAACUGAAUAGAAGAAUGAGAGCAGCAUGGGCAGCAUUCGCAGCCGUCAGGGAAGCUACGGACCAACUAACGGACAAAGAUCUUGCCCAUCUGUUCGACUUGACAGUUCUUCCAGCGCUCUGUUACGCAGCGGAGACGUGGGCAGACACCGCUGCCACGUCUACGAAGCUACUUGCUACCCACAGAGCUCUUGAGAGAUGUCUUCUGAAGUUUAACUGGCGCACACAACACCUAGCUGGUCUUCGCAGUUCCGACUUAACAGGAAUGUCUCGUCUUCGCGAUCCAGCGGAAUAUAUAUCGAAAGCAAAACAUAGACGGGCCGGUCAUAUCAUGAAAAGAAUCGACGAUGACUUCCCAUCUGCGCGUGGUGGGGCGGAUGUUGCUCGAGAUGCCGUCCAAGAACUGCAGAAGACUAAAGUGGAUGGAGUGGUUUCCGAAGACAUAUCUUCUGACUCUCCAAAAAACGAUUCCUCUGUUUCUAAACCAUCGCAUAUUCCUUUGGAAAAUGAAACUAUUGCUCUAGAAGCACCCUUUGCCCCUUAUAAUAAUGAAGUGGUCAUCUCACAAAUACCUUCGUCUAGCAGAGCCGAUUCUCGAGUCGUCCGAAAAUCGCCCCCGCCUCCCAAAACCGCUACUAGAACAUACACAACACCUUUGGCAAAUGAACCUCUUCUUACUGGGAUACCGACUGACGCUCCUGUCUUGCUUGUAAUAGGUGCUCCUGGUGCUCAAAAGGCGAACAUAGCAAGAUAUUUAGCACAGAAGUAUGAGGGUUUCCUCUUUCUGUCUAUGGGAGUGCUACUCAGAGCAAAAGUUAGCGCGGAGAGCAGAGACGAGUUGUGGCAGAGAGUGGAAAGAAAAAUGGACCAAGGAGAGCCAGUACCCAUGAAGCUCUGCCGUGAAUUGUUGUAUCACCAGCUACAUCGCUAUGGAAAAACGAGCUGGGGCUUUGUCAUAGAGGGUUACCCUAGAACAGAAGCACAGCUUGUCGAUAUUCAAAGCGUGCUAAAAAGAAUCGACAUCGCAAUACUCAUCGAUUGUACAGAGCAAUUCUGUAUAGACACACUGUCGAGGAGGUUUCGAGAUGGCAGUGAAGUACGGCCAGAUGAUUCACCGAAUGUUGUGAAAAGGAGAUUGGCUCUUUUCAAACAAAACACUCUCCCAAUGCUAAAGCUACUGGACGAAAGCGGGCUGUUACGAGUGGGUCGAGCCAUAUGCUACCUAAUACCUACUGCCAACGAGUACUAUGAAAGUACAAAGGAAAGUUAA